GGUGCAUCGAUCCUCAGAAUGCUUCAAGACUGGAUUACACCAGACCUCUUCCAGAAAGGCUGUCAGGCAUAUUUGAAGAAACACCAUUUCCAGAAUGCCAAGACACAACAAUUUUGGGAAGCUCUGGAAGAGGCAAGUAAUAAACCUGUGAAGGAAGUCAUGGACACAUGGACUAGGCAGAUGGGCUACCCUGUUUUGGAGAUGGGAACUAAUUCAGUAUUCACACAGAAACGUUUUCUCUUGGAUCCCAAUGCAAAUGCUUCUCAUCCUCCUUCUGAUCUUGGUUACAAAUGGAAUAUACCAGUGAAAUGGAGACUUGGGAGUUCAACAAAUUAUACUUUCUACAACACAUCAGAUUCUGCAGGAAUUACGAUAGCAUCGCCUCCUGAUACUUCUGUGAAUAUUAAUCCAGACCACAUCGGAUUCUAUCGGGUGAAUUAUGAUAGUCAAAACUGGGCCAGGUUGAGCACUCUUCUGGUCAGCAACCACAAAGAUUUUUCAGCUGCUGACCGUGCAGGGAUUUUGGAUGACGCCUUUUCUUUAGCAAGACCUGGACUAGUGAGUUACUCUGUUCCCCUGGAGCUCACAAAAUACCUAAGAAAUGAAACAGACUAUUUACCUUGGCACAGAGUUAUAUCAUCUGUAACUUACCUCGCAAACAUGCUUGAAGAUGAUACGAAUCUCUAUCCCCGGGUUCAGGAAUAUUUUCGCUACCUGGUAAAACCCAUUGUGGAUCAACUGCACUGGAAUGAUUUUGGAGGACAUUUGGAGAGGCUUCUCCGUGCAUCUGUUCUAGACUUUGCCUGCAGUAUGGAUGACACAGAAUCUUUGAACAAUGCUUCUAAUCUAUUUGAGCAAUGGCUACAAGGAGAAACUAUUCCUGCAAAUCUCCGACUCCUAGUAUAUCGCUAUGGGAUGCAGAACUCGGGCAAUGAGUCAUCAUGGAAUUACAUGUUCAGGAAAUACCAAGAAACUUCAUUAGCACAAGAAAAAGAAAAGCUGCUGUACGGCCUGGCAUCAGUAAAGAACAUCACCCUUUUGGACAGGUAUCUGAAAUAUAUUUACAACACCAGCCUCAUCAAAACCCAAGAUGUGUUCACAGUCCUGAGAUACAUCUCAUAUAACACCUAUGGGAAAACCAUGGCCUGGGACUGGAUACGACUUAACUGGCAGUACUUAGUUGACAGAUUCACUAUCACUGACAGAAACCUUGGUCGAAUAGUAACUAUUUCCCAAACCUUCAACACUGAGCUCCAGCUUUGGCAGAUGGAAAAUUUCUUUGAGAAAUACCCUAAUGCUGGGGCAGGAGAAUUGCCCAGGAGUCAGUCAAUUGAGCAGGUGAAGAACAACAUUGAAUGGAUAAAAGUAAACAAGGAAGAAAUACGUAUCUGGCUAGAAGCACAGACAGGCCCUUAAAGUCUUGCUUUGUUAAAAAUACCAGGCGCUCAUUCUAGGCACUCAGAUCCUCAGAGAUAUUUAGCAAUGUGGAUUUCUCACCUGAGUACCUUAGAGGACCAAGGCCUAAUAUUUUUUCUACAAACACU